ACGCCUCGGCCAUUUUUAGAUAAACCGGAACUCUACUAUACCCGAGACCACAUGUACCCAAAUCUUGGGGUCAGGAUAAACAUCGCUCACUCUUGAUAGGCUGAUACGGUGUCGUCGGAGCAAGAAAGAUGAUAGCGCAGAGGUCUGUGAGUGGGCGGGGAGAUUACCGAGUGAAUUUGCGCACUCUGGCACCUAGCUGUACUAUUGCACUUAGCCAUUUUAUCAAGAACGGUAUUAUUUUCGGCCAAGUCUGUCAUUGCAUUCUGGGCUCAAGACCGACGACAGCAGGCCAAAGUAUCCUCCCCUAUCUCCUAUUACCAUCCAAUCCGUCUUGUCCUAUCUUAUCGGCUCUCCUCCAUCGCAUCCAAGCCCAAAGACAAGUCAAGUCAAGACUCGUCUUCGGUCACACCCGAGUUGGCGAAAUACUGGGAGAACUCCUUGUCUUUGUCCUGAGUCAGGCAAACUUAACUGAUACUGUGGUUGGUAUCAUUAACCGUGAAUUCCUAUCUGACCGGAUCUCCUUUACUGUCUAUCUCUACCUUCGAAUCCCCUUGUAUCUGCUGUACCCGUUGAGAUUUCUGACGGCUUUCUCGUACCAGGAACUGAGAGAUUCCUUGGAAUAGGCGCUGUAUUGUCAUUAGGAAACAAAGCGAUAGGACAUUAAACCAUGCCCGCCCCCACUUCUGCCUCCCAGCUCACAGCCAUCAUCGGCUUCUCCCUCUCCGGCUCUCGACUCGACCACGACGAGUCAGUCUACCUCACAUACGAUCCCUCCCGUUCAAGGCCCAACGAAUUUAUCCGGGUUCCAAUGAUCAACCUCCGUGAAGAGCUUGAUAAACCCGUUGAGAAGCAUGCCGACCCGCAUGAACAAUUGAAAAAGAGGGGAUACGCGGUCUUCAAGCAUGAGAGUCAGUAUUUGGAUGGGAUACCGAGUGAAGAAGGCACUGCAGAUUAUCUUGAGGAGAGUGCCCAGCUGCUGCAAAAAAUCGUAGGAGCCGAUCGAGUAGUCGCAUGGAACAGUGUCUGUCGCAAAAACACGAUGGAUACCGACCUCAAAACAGUCGCAAAACAGCAAGCUCCCGAAAAAGGUUUUAUCCCAACCACUCGAAUCCAGCCUAUCGCUGGUACAGCACAUGUCGAUCAGAACGCGGAUUGGGGAUUUGAGCUUUGUGGGAGAGCGGCAGGUCAAGAUGCAUCGACUUUUAAGCGUGUGCAAAUCAUAAAUCUUUGGCGUCCCCUCUCUGGUCCCGUGACAAACGCUCCGCUCGCAAUGCUAGAUCCCACAACCCUCUCCCCCGCCGACGUCUCCACCCACGCCUCCAUGUUUGGCUUUGGUCAUGACUUGCACUACUCGCCAUCCCAGCAAUGGGCAUAUAUACGACAUCAGAUGCCAGAUGAAGCCAUCUUGCUGAAGUGUUAUGAUUCAGAUCAAGGUAAGAGCGGGGAGGUGUUGUACUGUGGGCAUUCGGCAGCGCAGGUGGAUCACGAUGCAGAAGGGGUGCCGGAGGAAAUGGUAAGGCCGAGGGAGAGUAUUGAGGUGAGACUUGUGGCUAUUUGGGAGUAAUCAAGCAAGCAUAAGGGAUUUACAGGGGAUUUGUAUCCGCUGUACUGGGUGUUAGAUAUAAAGUA